ACAGUGCGUUUAAUUCUGCAAAAGCAAGUGGCCAACCAUUUCUUACCGAUCGCAGCUGUAUUGGCACUUUGGAUAAGACUCCAAAUUCAUUUACUAUAAAUCCACCUGCCCUCCGAGUCGAAUCUCAGGGAUUGCACUUGGAAAGAGGUCAACAGACAGGUCCAGUCUCCAUAUCUAGGGGUCUACAGAAAACUGGGGGGAAUCCGAUAUGGCUGAUGCUAGUCCGAGGACUGACAUCUCAACAGAUGCAGAAACAGAUGAAAAAAAUCUGAGGUUUGAUAGUGAAAAAGUGAAUGCUGCUGUUGCAGCUUCCGAUUCAAGUGACCGAUCAAAGAGUAAUUUGGAUCAAAAGAUUCUUCGCAGACUUGCUCAAAAUCGCGAGGCUGCAAGAAAAAGCCGGUUGAGGAAGAAAGCAUAUGUGCAACAGCUGGAGAGCAGUCGUUUGAAGUUGACACAACUUGAGCAGGAGCUCCAGCGGGCACGACAGCAGGGUAUCUUCAUAUCAAGCUCGGGAGAUCAAAGUCAUUCAUUGGGUGGAAAUGGUGCCAUGACAUUUGAUGUAGAAUAUGGAAGGUGGCUUGAAGAGCACAAUCGACAAAUUAAUGAGUUGAGAAUGGCAGUAAAUUCUCAUGCAGGCGAUGCAGAACUUCGUAUUAUUGUUGAUGGUGUUAUGGCUCACUAUGAUGAAAUUUUUAGGCUGAAGAGCAACGUAGCUAAGGCAGAUGUUUUCCAUUUGUUAUCAGGCAUGUGGAAGACACCUGCCGAGAGGUGUUUCUUGUGGCUUGGUGGUUUUCGGUCAUCUGAGCUUCUAAAGGUAAGGCCAUAUGAAUUUUUUAGGCACAUGUUCCUCGGAUCUUUUCUUGCCCCGUAUGACUGCCAUGCUCACGUGUUAUGCAUAAUUCUGAUUCAGCUUCUUGUAAACCAAUUGGAGCCUUUGACAGAGCAACAGUUGGUGGGAGUUAGCAACUUGCAACAAUCCUCCCAGCAGGCUGAAGAUGCAUUAUCACAAGGUAUGGAAGCAUUGCAGCAGUCUCUGGCCGAGACAUUGUCCACUGGAUCCUUAGGCUCUUCCAGCUCAACUGGGAAUGUAGCAAACUAUAUGGGUCAAAUGGCCAUGGCCAUGGGAAAGCUAGGAACUCUUGAGGGUUUUAUUUGUCAGGCGGACAAUCUACGGCAGCAAACCCUACAACAAAUGCACCGGAUAUUGACAACUCGCCAGUCUGCUCGUGCACUUCUUGCGAUACAUGAUUACUUCUCCAGAUUACGAGCUCUUAGUUCCCUCUGGCUUGCUCGACCAAGAGAGUGAAACUCUCCCGUCACCUGGUAACAUUCCCAUCAUGUAUAUGUGUAGGGUAGGUGUUUAGUCUUUCUUGUAUUGCCUGUUGUAAAAGGAGUACUAGAUUACGAGCAGUUUCUCCAAACACAAAAUUUGUUGUUAUAUAUUUUCAAAAUCAAUCAUAUCAUCAUUAGCUGCCUUUGUAGACCAGAUUUUGAAUGCCCCCACCUUUUUAGUGUUUGUGUUACUCAUUUGGAUUGUCCUCCUUUAACCCUUGAUUCAUGUGUUUUUUAUUGAACACCUUUUUAUAAAUCAAUCAUCUUUUUUGCUUCAUAAAA